CAGCGGCCAACGAUUCCCGUCGUGCUUUGGGGUUUCGUGAAGUGGAGCUCCGCGGGUCUCUCGUUCCUCUCCCCGAUAGAAGUUUUUCAGCCAAAAUGGCGGACGUGCUGGAUCUUCAUGAGGCGGGCGGGGAGGACUUCGCGAUGGACGAAGAUGGGGACGAAAGCAUUCACAAGCUGAAGGAAAAAGCUAAGAAGAGGAAAGGCAGGGGCUUUGGUUCUGAGGAGGGCUCCAGAGCCCGAGUUCGCGAGGACUACGACAGCGUUGAGCAGGAUGGAGAUGAGCCAGGCCCUCAGAGGUCGGUGGAAGGCUGGAUUCUCUUUGUCACUGGAGUUCAUGAGGAGGCCACAGAAGAGGACAUUCAUGACAAGUUUGCAGAAUUUGGUGAAAUCAAGAACCUGCACUUGAACCUUGACCGGCGGACGGGCUACCUGAAGGGUUAUACACUCGUGGAGUAUGAAACAUACAAAGAAGCCCAGGCAGCAAUGGAGGGUCUCAAUGGGCAGGACCUUAUGGGGCAGCCCAUCAGCGUGGAUUGGUGUUUCGUCAGGGGGCCUCCAAAAGGAAAGCGAAGGGGUGGCCGUAGGAGGAGCCGCAGUCCUGAUCGGAGAAGGCGCUGAGAAGAACCCCCCUCCCCUUCACUGGUUCAUAAGACAAGUUUUGUUGAACCUGAGGGAGGCACCAGUGUGUACUGGCAGGCCUGAGUGCUAGAAUCUCUCUUGCCCCUGCCCCUCCCCAGGGAUUAUUUUUUAAUGAUGAUAUAUAUGCCCUACUGAGCAUUUUUUCUAUUUGUAUCUGUCUCAAAUUACAAGAGACUUCCCUUAUUGAUUUCCUUGGAAACACCACCGUUCCCUCUGUUACCAUCGAGAUCACUUGACUUCUUAGUUUGAGAAGGGACUCUGAAGCCAACACCAAGAAUAAAAAGGCUUUUUUUAAAAAAAAGAAAAACCUAGAACAGUUGUAUUAAGCUUCUUUCUACAAAAUUAAAUGGCUGGAGUGU